GACGUCAUACGGAUGUCUGCCAAGUGGGAGUGAAACCACUGUUGUGUAGUGCGUGUUUGUUUGGCAGCGGAUUUGUUACCAGCAAGAUGUCGUUGGCAGGCUUGAAAAAACAGUUCAAUAAAGCCAAUCAGUAUGUAAGUGAGAAAAUUGGAGGUGCAAAGGGUACAGAGCUUGAUGAUGAAUUCAUUGAAAUGGAAAAGAAAAUUGAUGUGUUUGGUAGGCUGGUAGAUGAUCUUAUUGCAAAGACUCAUGAGUUUCUUCAGCCCAAUCCAGCUUCAAGAGCAAAAAUGACCACAGUGAACACCAUUUCCAAAAUCCGUGGCCAGCAGAAGGUGAUACUGUAUCCUCAGCCAGAAGGAACACUUGGUGAAUAUAUGAUUAAACAUGGGCGAGACCUGGGAGAUGACAACUGCUUUGGGCAGAGUUUGGUUGAAGCAGGAGAAUCGUUUAAGCAUUUGGCUGAGAUCAAGUAUAACCUGGAGGACAAUGUCAAGCAGAACUUUAUUGAACCUCUCACACAGAUGCAAAACAAGGAUCUGAAGGAAGUCAAUCAUUACAGAAAGAAACUUUCUGGAAGGCGAUUGGAUUAUGACUGUAAAAGAAGGAAAAAGGAAAAAGUAGACCGAGUAGAAGCAUCUGGAGGUUCCAAUAUCACAGAUGAAGAACUUCGCGUGGCUGAAGACAAGUUUGAGGAAUCGAAGAGUGCUGCUGAGACUGCUAUGCACAACCUUUUGGAAGCAGAGGAAGAGCAGAUUGCUGAGCUGCAGGCGUUUAUAUCAGCUCAGUGCGAGUAUCAUCGACAAGCUGUUGAUGCUCUUACCUCUCUUUUGGGAACUCUGGAGGAGAAAAGGCGAGAAGCUUCUGGCAAGCCACGAACAGAACAUGUUCCCAAACGGGUCAGCUCAUUCCGGCGCAGUGAAUCACCAUCAUCACUGCAAGACGUGGAUGCCUCAGAUUUUGGAGGCAGUAGUGGUAGUUACACUUUUAACCAUGCUCCACCUCCUUCAUAUAAGCAAGCAGGAUUUGAUGAUAACUUUGAAAAUUUUGAACCCUUUUAUGCUGUGCCAAACUUGGGGAAGCAGCCUUGUGCAAAAGCACUAUACGACUUUGUGCCAGAGAACGAUGGAGAGUUGGGCUUUCAAGAGGGCGACAUGAUCAAUCUCAUCAGCCAAGUUGACGAGAAUUGGUUUGAAGGCUCGGUGCAUGGCAAAGUUGGUUACUUUCCCAUCAACUAUGUUGAUGUUAUUGUCCCCAUCUGAGUUACCCAGCGCCAGACGCUUUUACAAACUGUCAUGAAUUCUGAGACACAUGAGCAUGUCAAAGCUGGCAGAAAGUGUGCAUUCGUCUCUUGGCUGUCAUGGAGUUUCUGCUGUUCAUGUUCCAUUUGCCUGGAAAUAUUGGGAGGAUUUCAGAGACAAUUUUAUUUCAGUUAAUAGUUUAUCAGUGAUGAUAAGAGGGAAGCUCAGCGAUAACAGGUGGCUUUUUCACAAACUUGAGAAUUAACCGCUACAUCAUGAUAUGAAGUAUUACUAUACUAACACAGCUUGUUUCAAGAAUUGGUGUUGACCAGAAAACAUGGAAAUGAUUAUCAGCCAGCUGCUCGCUCAUUCACCAGUGACUGGCUGGUAGACACUGAUGCUGUAUUCUUCAUCUCAUAAAAGACGUCUGCCAGCAAUUAAAGCACAUGAUGGAAAAAAAGGACUGUAUUCCAACAGUCUAAGUAAAAAGUUCCAACACUGAUGUUUCAAGAUAGCUGAUUUAGUGAAUCAGAAAUAAGGAAUUUUAAUUGAGUGAGGUGUUAACAAGGUGUUAGAGAGGAAGACAGAUUUUGCUGUGGGCAGACUGAAAUGUUCUGAAGGUUCAAAAUUAAGGGAUGAAGAAAACAGGAAAAGAAAAAAGAAUCUGGUGGCUGCUGGGAAACCCAUGCAACAAUGCUCAGUAACCUUCCAUUACUAGAAUUAAUGUGUUGAACACAUUAACCUUUGCUGUUUCAGUCAGAAGCUGCUUUCCACAAUCUUGAAGCACAUAACUAUCAUUUACACCAAAGGCUAAUGGAAAGAUAAUGUUUGUUGAGUUCUGUGGCAUGGACAGCUGCCUGUACUCUCAUUUUUAUCACCUAUAUUAUGCAAAGCAAUGCAUAUCUGCCUUUUCAACCAAAAAAAUGUGUGCAAGUAAGCAUAACUGCUUUAUGUGAUCCAUUUACCACUCCAUUUUGAAGAAUCAUUGGGGAAAAUAUCAGGCAGAUUACAGUUCUUAUUCUUCACUAUUUAAGAAUUGAGAAAUACAUCUGUUAAUGAUUCUAGUGCAUAAUUGUCUCAACUUGAGAUUGGUAAAAGUUGAAGAUGAGUGAAGGUUGUGCGUUGGAUGACCAUGCUCUGCUGCUAAAAGAACAUAUAAGGAAGUGUUUUUACACUAUAUUCAUGCUGAAGCUAGCAUUAUGCACUGGAUUUUUUUUUAUGCUGCUUUGCUUACUAAUCAGGAUUCAGUUUCAUUAAGGCCCCUGCCUUGCAUUAAGGACAAGGCAGUGAUGUUGCUUCAUAGGGAAGGGGAUGUAACUUUGGAUAUUUGGAAUAGAAAUGUUUCCUUUUAACUGUAGAUCUGUAUUGUUUUGCUUAAUAUCAAAAUUCAGGCCAUCACUAUGAAACUGGAUCCAGGAGCUAAUUAUUCGUAAAAUACUGAGAGGGCACACUAUUUAGAGAUAACAGUUGUUUGUGUGGGAUUGGUAGUAAAUCAUUUGCUAUAAUGCCUUUUUAUUUGCUUUUCAGCUUCUCCAUUUUAAUAAUAUCCACUAAUUUAAAACCUCAGUGCAAGAGAAAGAAUAUAAUUGGAGGGAUGAACGAUAGUGAUUGAAAGAUUCUGCUUUAAAAGAAUUUUGAAAAUAUUCACAAAAGAGCUUAUGUCGUCUAGACAUAAAUGUGUGAGUAAGGAGUUUAGCUUCAGUCGAAAUUUUUUUUUUUAAAGUAAUUUUCUUCAACGAAAGGAAAAGCAGAGAAGAACCAACACAUUGCAAAUAAACCCACUGCACAGAGAGAGUGUGAAAGUAGAGAACCAGAUAAAAGUAAACAGCAGUAGAGAAAAAGUUUUGUCAACUGGUGAUCAGCUGGAGCUGGUUAGGUUGGUCUAUGGUCAGUUUUGAUAAAAAUGACAUCCCUAGUUAUCUUUCUUGGUUAGCACCAAUAGGACCACCAAAAAAAACCCAACGUUAUUGAUGAUAGUUCAUUUGGGGUCUAGAAAAUUGUUAAAUGUUAAUGUCUAUAAAAUUAGUGUCAUAGAUAGGCAGACAUUUAUGCUGUUCUACUCAUUAACUGUAUAUGUUUCUACCACCAUUCUACAACAGUAUAUAAUCCCUUAGUGCCAUUAGCUACUCGACUAAAUGUUUCUGCAUGAAGAUUGUAGAUUUGUGUGUUGUAACUUGGACCUGAAUGGAGCCACCAAUGUAACUGUGAUGUAAAGUGAACUGGGGUGCUGGGGAAUCUGUGAUCUGACAAGCAGGCUUCAGCAGGUAGACAUGGAGUAGAGACAUAGAGGUCCAUUCUGUGUGUCAGAACCUUUGCUACCAUGGUGUCUUUGUUCCACUUCUGGAGCCCAUACAACAGCCCCCAGUUUUUUUUUGGUACUCUUGUUGCUUUCCACUGAUGGCUGAUCUAUGAGGCCUGCUAAGUGUUUCAAUGAUGAGUGAACACAGGGAGAUCUGAUCAUAUACAACUCCACUAUCAGUGUUAUGUGCCAAAAAGAGGUUCAUUGUAGAGUACUGUAGCUCAAAAGUUGAUUGCACAUAGCUUACAUUUCCCCCUGCCCCAUCUUUAAGGUAUAUUACAAUCAGAAUGUCAUCUGCCUUGUAGUUUAUGGCAGCUGGUGCGAAAAGCGUAGACCAAUCAUUCUGUAGCGUUUUUUUUCUGUAAAUUGUCAUGGAAUAUUGUAUGUCUGGUGAGCAUGUGUUUAUGUGCAUGCAUGUGUUGAUACAGAGGGUUGAAAUUAUGAAAGUUUCUUGCAUGGUUGAAACUAUGCAUUAUAACUGACAUGUCUGAACCAUUAUAAUGUAGAUGCUAUGUUGUAUACUUUACCUGUGAAUUUCUUGUUGCAAGUGUUCAUCAGAACUUGAUAUUUAGGUCUGUGUUUUUCAGCUAAAUUCUGGGAUGCGGCUGCAAGGGUUCAUACAUUUAUUUUUCAGAAGUGAUUAAAAUCUCCCUGUACAAGAACCAUGCGCUCUUUUUGUGUAAUUUUCCUGUACUGUUUCUUAGUGUUGAUUUAUACAAGUCGGGAAUUUGUUUCUUCUGUGUUCAUUAUUAUUUUUUCAGAUACUGUUUUGAUUUGAAUUUUUUUCCUUUGGAGAUAAUCUUUGUGUUCUAGGUGAUUCUGUAGAUGCUUUUGCAUACUUUGAGAGUAUUAUUUAAGAUAAAAAUAUCAACAGUUAGUGCUAUAGGGAAGUUUAAAUGGAUAAUCCUGCAUAAAAUUUAGAUUAGCCUUCACAUUUUACUAAUGUAAUUUUCUGUUGAAAUGCAGCUGGAUGAAAUUUCCAUUCAUUGAUCUCUAAACCAGUCAGCUUGAGAGUAUUAUGAAGCUAAAAUUUAGUAUUUUACAAAAUAUAGCAAAAACAAAACAUAUCCCUUUAACUACAGAAUUUACUGACAAGAGACCUCUGACCUGCUGCAGACAUAACAAGUGUUCACCAAAAUUCUUUAGCUGACCUCCAAAGUAGAAGAAACCUGGCUGAUGUUGCACAAUCUAUUGUUAUCUGUUUGAUGCAGUUCUUUUCAUGUCUGCAUUUAGCACAUAGCUUCAUUGUUGGAUUUAAUUGCUUUCCCCAUUUCAUCCAAAAAUUUGUAAAGUUGCUGCUGGGUAGUUUCCUGCAUUCAUAUCACCCAUUUCCUCAGAUAAAGAUUAUUACAUUGCUAGGCACCAAUGUAGGGCUCAUUUUCCCUGAAAGAGAUAUGGCAAGUUUGAUGUACAAGUUGUAAAGGAUCUUGUACGUUUCCGACCCACUGUGAGUUAAUUCAUCCUUAACAUUGGGAUUUGGAAGUCAGACACCAAAGGCCAGUUUGCAUAUGUUGUUUUCCAUUUAGGUUGGUCGUCUUAUAUAAAAUUCCGUUUUCCUCUAUGCAAUCAAGUGAUGAUGAGGUGGAGCGAUGAAUUUCAUAUCAGGGUAUGCUACUAGGGUGCUACUUUUCUGUUACAGAAUGUCUAAUAAGAUUUUUAUUUUUGCUCCACCUCUUCAUGUCACCAGCCUCUUUUGAAGGAAAACCAAAACCACAAAAUGUAUGAGGGAUUGUAAUAGCCUAGCCUUAAAAAUAAAGCCCAAACCUAAUUGUUACUAUGAGAAAGGAAGCAUGUUCAAAUAGUUUCAAGUGAUAUUUUAGCAUUUUUUGAUCAUCAAUUUGUUUUAAACCAACACAAAAACUUCACAUUUAUACCAGGUAUUUGAGUUUUACUCAAAUAGGUGCAUAUUGUGUUUGUUUGCCGUCGUUGACUUUUGUCAUUAAAAACAAGAAUCUUUUGCUUUGCAAAACUUAUUUCUUUCGUCGCCUUGAUACUUGCAGAUUUGCCAUCUUAUGUUUGUAGCUUGUAAACUUGUAGGAGUAAUGUUUAUUUCUAUUCGAGAUUAAUAUUUAGUGAGGCAUUAAGUUGGCAGUCCAUGAGUGCUGCUGAUUAUUUCAUUUCCAAAUGUAAUUCAUUUCUUCCUUGACUGGUGGGGCUUCUUGGGAAGAGAAUGUGGAUCGACCUGGCAACUGACAAGGCCCACCACUCAUACCUGUGUUGGCCAGUAUUGAGCAGGACUGCACAGGAUGAUCUGUUGUUAAAUUCUGCCAAGAUACCAUUGUCCAUUUAAGCACCUCUGAAAAUGAACUAUGUCUUUGCUUUAGAACCUUUAAAAGAACAAGAUGUAGACUUUUUAAUUGAUGAUGAUUACUCUACAUCAGAUUAUGAACUUCUCAGGUAAUUUGUUUCAAUUAUGAUUGGACGUCUUUGAGCUGAUCAUACAUAUAAACUUGCCUCCACUUUCUGUUAACUGUAAACAUCAGUUGCAUGAUUAUAUCAAUAAUAGCUGAGGGAGUGAUCACUUUUUGUAAUGGCAAUGCCUCCUUUGAAAACCACUUUAGUUCCACAGCAUUCAGCUACUUGACCAAGUUUUGUGAAAAAUGUGAAGGUUUGAUUUUCCUUUUUUUUUUUUUUUGCUUGGGAGGUAAAAGGCUGCAUGGCAGUAACAUUCCUGCAAGAUAAAUCCAACAGUGCUCUUGUUUUAUUCCUUUAUGGUAUGCAACAAGCCAGUCUACUUAUUCUGGUAAAAAGGCUGUCUCAGAGAUGUUUGUCUUUUUAAGUUAAUGAUGUAGAAAUUCAAUAUUUUAUCAAAUACAUGAUACAAACAUCA